GCAGAUUAUUAGAAAAAUAGAACAGGGGAAGGCCGACUUCCGUGUAUAUAUACCGUCUAACCUAACCCACUCGUAUCUCAGAGGACGCCUUCCCAUUGCACUUCCCACGCAUCUUAGGAAAUAUGAGUAGCCGCGAGAGCCGGAUUAUUUACGUGGGCAAUCUGCCUGGUGACAUUCGUGAGAGAGAAAUUGAGGAUUUGUUUUACAAGUAUGGACAUAUUGUGGAUGUUGAUCUAAAGAUUCCUCCAAGGCCACCAGGUUAUGCUUUUGUUGAGUUUGAUGAUGCCCGAGAUGCGGAUGAUGCUAUUCGGGGUCGUGAUGGCUAUAAUUUUGACGGCCAUAGGCUACGUGUAGAACUGGCACAUGGUGGAAGAGGUCACUCUUCAUCACAUGAUCGCAAUAGCAGUUAUAGUGGUAACCGUGGUGUUUCUAGGCGUUCAGACCAUCGAGUUCUGGUUACUGGUUUACCUCCUUCUGCAUCAUGGCAAGACUUGAAGGAUCACAUGCGUCGAGCUGGUGAUGUCUGUUUCUCCCAAGUUUUUCGUGACGGUGGUGGCACUACUGGUAUUGUUGAUUAUACAAACUAUGAGGAUAUGAAGUAUGCGAUAAGGAAGCUUGAUGAUUCUGAGUUUCGCAAUGCAUUUUCUAAAUCAUAUAUAAGGGUACGGGAUUAUGAUUCCAAACGAAGCUUGUCUAGAAGCCGUAGUCGUAGUCGUAGUCGUAGCCGUUCUAAUGGGAAAAGCCCCAGCCGUAAUAGAAGUUACAGUCAUAGCAGGAGCCGUAGCAGAAGCAAGUCUCCUAAACCUAAAUCUGCACGUCGUUCUCCUUCCAAAUCUAGAUCACGAUCUGUUUCCUCUCAUUCUCGUUCAGGGUCAAAAGAUUCUUUACCAGGAUUUGGGCUUAUGCAGCGAUCUGGGGAUUGUAUGCUAGGAACUUCAUUGGAUACUGUGGAAUUGCCUACAGGUCUUUAUUUUUUUGAGAUCACGGGCGAGAUCCAGAUCCCCAGUAACUUCUCCUCAUGAAAAAAUAGUAGGCAAAAGCCCGAAGAAACAAAACCCUGCUGCUAGGAGCAGGAGCUUGUCACGGUCCGGAUCUUUUGUAAGAUCUGAUGAUUCUCUCUCCACUGACUCCAGAGGGCCUUAAAUGUAUGUCAAGGGUGCAAAGAUUGCUGGAGGAACACUCUCUGAAACUACCAUCCGUUAAAUUGAUAAUUUAGCUCUGCUAUUGUUUUGUUUAAAUUUGAUUAUCAAUUGUCUUCGUUUUGCCUGGAUUGUAGGACAAGUGAUUUUAAGUCAAUGGCUACAGAUUUAUAAUCACCAAAAACGUUUGAAGACUUGAUACCGUUUCCUCCACUUCCAUUCUUCGAAAACAAACACAAAUUGGGUAUUUUGAUCUUUUUUGUAUGUUUUAAGUGUCAAAAUCUGAUGAAACGUUAUAUUUGGUUACCUUACUUGGUAAACAUUAUAUUGUAGUUAUGCGUGUUGUAUGAGCUCUCAAUGGUUGAAAUGCUUAGAAAAAUCCUCCUAGUUUUCAGCUUAUGCUUCUAAAAAGUACAAUUUCA